UUAAACAAGAUUGGAACAAAAUGUUCAAAAUUGUUCCAAUUUUGUAUAUUUCCAGGAUUAAUCUAAUAUGUUAUGUAUUAUUAAUAAUUUAUUGAAAAACGAAUUGACAAAUUUAUUCCGACAUUGAAUCACAAAAAUAGUUUUCAGCAGAUAAUACUUGGAAAUUUGAUGUAAAAUAAAAUCAUUGCGUGUUUUACACGCCCAAAACCAAACGUAAUUUUUCUUUUCAUGACUGUGCUUAAAACUAAUUAUAAUGAAAAGGCGAAUCAAAUUCAUUUCACUGCUUAAAAUUAUAUUAUUAUUGUUAUUAUUAUUAUUAUUCAAUUUCAAUUGAAAUAAAUAACAUUUCCAUUGGAUGCAAAGGUUAAACAUAAACAAUUGAACAAUGUCAUCUGCAAGAAUUGGCCAGUUAUUAUGAAACGGACAAAUCAACAAAGAGUAACACAAAACCGGAAAAGCAUUCUCAACGUAUCGCACCUAUUACCGGAAACACGGUUUGGUGACAACACUAGCAAGCAACCGUAGCUAAAUGUUAAGUUCGUUGACUCAGACAUGUGUUAUAUGACUCUCGCACCAGAGUCAGUAGUGUAGUAUUAGGUAGAAAAUUUCACACGCUAUAUUCUCACUGCUAUUUCGAACAAAGAGUUUUGAUUUCUGACCCAUCUAUGUGGAUUUAUUCCAUUUGUUGUUACAGUUGUUUUAACAAAAACGCCCAUUGGCGAAUGAAUACACAGAAAAAAAUCAUCGGCAUCGCCAACAUUAACGCUAUACUCAAUGCGACAAAAGAACGUGUCUGAAAUGCAAAUAACUGUCAUUUAUAUGAAUGUGAAUGUGAAUGUGAGCUUGAUGGUAGAACUGCAUGCAUCUUGAUUUUCAGUUUACGAUUGACAGCCGAAGAGAUAUGUUUUCUAUUUCAUUAAAUUUACCAUUUUUGAGAGUAUUUCAUUUGAUAACCCCUUUUAGCAAGAUUGUAUAUGACAGAGAAUUGAUACAUAGCCUAAAUGUAUUUUUUCAACGCCACUAGGUACUAGUUAGCCUUAAUAAUGCAACGAAUAGCAAUGUUGGUGGUUUUUUUGCAAGCUGCGAUAGCAAUGCUGAUACCCGAAGAGACAGAAAUGCUUGAUGGCUUUGGCUAUCUGUCGUUUCCGGAGGUUCCGGAAAGUUCGUUUGAGAAUGAUUACUUUGAGGCACGCAGUCUAAGUGCAGGGCCUCCAGGGCCUCUGUUCAAUUCAGUGCGGAACAAACGUGAUAUAAAAUUCGAUGUGAAAGAAUCAAAAGAUGAUCAAGAGUUCAGUUAUUUUCUUCCAAACAAUGGUGAAAAGGAAAUGUUUGGUGGAAAAAAAACACGGAGGAAAGAGCGUUCCUUUCGAAAAUUCAAAAAAUGGUUAAAAAAGAAGUUUCCGCAAGAUGAGAGUGAAGAGUUUACAGAUGAAGAGAACUUCCCUUCAAUUACAAAUCGAAAGAAGCGAAACACUGAAAGUGAAAAACGGGGAAAACUUGCAUCACCAAGAGAAGUGGCGAACAAAUCGAAUCUGUAUUUAGAAAGAAUGCCAACAGCAAUGAAAUUAACUAAAACAUUAGACGGAUUCACAACAGCGAAUCGAGAUAGCCCACCAGCAGCUGCUGCAUUGGUUGGUAAAUUUGCACGGUCUCCAUUCGAUUACUCUAAAAUUCAGCAUGAAGAGGAUUCCAUGGCAAUGGAUACAUCGUCGUUGAGUAUGAAUGAAGGCAUUAAAUCUCGAACACCUAAAGCAAAUUUUGUAACCCAACAAAAGAAAUCACUAUAUCAUGAUGACACGAAAACCAGUGCAACCAAAUCAGCCUCCAGAAUCAGCCUCCAGAAUCAGCCUCCGGAUUUUUAUAAGACUCCACCACUUUUGCACAACAGCAAAGACUCAACAGUUUCGUCUGACAACGAGCGAUAUCCAGAGAGGAGUAGCACAGCCAGACCUCCUUUAUUUCCCGAUCACAAAAAUCGUGACUCUUAUAGCAAUCAUUAUGAAGACCGCUAUAUUGGUAUGUAUCCUCCUCCUUCAAAAGCGCCAACAGACAUGUACGAUCGGAUUCCGGUUGAUUACAACGCACCAUAUGCAGACUUUUACUUGCGCAGAUUUCCAUAUUCAGACUAUAAUGUCCACUACUCUGGUAAUCGCUAUGAUAGGGACGACUUCUCAUACGGCAAUGAUGUAGAUAGCCCUUAUUAUAUGCGCACUGACAUAAUGCCACCGUCAUCGUCGAUGUUACCACGCAAAAGAAUGAUAUACUAUGCAUAUUUGCCUGAAGUUGUUAGGUACGAUCCAUACCCAUAUUAUCGUGCAAACGAUGCGAGUAUGAUGUCAUAUCGUCGGCCGACAGAAAGAACGUUGAAAUAUGAUUACCACACCAAAAGUGACGACAACGAUGACAUGAUACGAAAACCACUUAGGUCUUAUAACGAUUUGCACAUGAGAACCAGUGAAUAUGAUUCAUUCUACCAAUAAACACAUCACAAACGUUUUUGAAUUUUCUUUCUCAACAUAUUGAUAAUAAUAGAUUGUAAAACAAAUGCUCGAAAUUCGAUUUCGAUGAUGUUAUUAUUUUAUUUCAAUGCUGUUGUUUAUAAAUACAGGGGAAAUGAACAUAACUUUCUUUUCCAUUCAGCUAAUGAAUCCAAUAAUUGUGAAAUGAAAAAUUUUCAACUAGAAAAGUUCAUUUUAUUCAACCUCACUUAAUGUAAUCUAUUGCCCUAUUUUUAGAUCAACUUCAAUGGGAAUUAACAAAAUCUUUAUAAUUUUUCAAAAAGAACUUCUGCAGAUUUUGAUAAUAUGAUCGAUAACUGUGUGUAAUAAUUUUGCUUCAAAUAAAAUUGCCUUAUGUUUUGAAAAAAAAAA